CACCAGAGGCGUCUGAAUCGAGAUGCCAAGGACCUACAUACAGGCAGCUGAUGAUACUGCCGGCUGAAUUCAAAGCGCUGUCCAUUUAAAAAUAGAAAUAAAGAAGUAUUUUACAGCUGAGUACAAGCUCGGAUGGAACAGAUGAUGCUUUCUUCUAACACAGUCAGUUUAAUUUGACGGAUGUCGGUGGUAUUUAAGGAGGAAAUGUGUGGAUUUAUGGAGUCAAAGCGUUAAAUAAGGAUCAUGGCGUUUCCGGAGGGAGAAUCACUGGAAUCCUGGCUCAACAAAGCCACACACCCGACCAACCGGCAGGAGGACUGGGAAUACAUAAUUGGGUUUUGUGACCAGAUCAAUAAGGAGUUGGAAGGUCCUCAGAUAGCUGUGAGACUCCUGGUUCACAAAAUCCAUUCUCAAGAGUGGGAAGCCCUUCAAGCUCUGACGGUACUAGAGGCUUGUAUGAAGAACUGUGGGCGAAGAUUUCACAACGAAAUAUCCAGAUAUAGGUUUUUAAAUGAGCUGAUUAAAGUGGUUUCGCCCAAGUAUAUGGGGGACAGUGUUUCUGACAAGGUGAAGAAUAAGGUCAUUGAGAUGUUGUACAGCUGGACGGUGGUGUUUCCCAAUGAGGCCAAGAUCGCAGACGCGUACCAGACGCUCAAGAGACAAGGACUUGUGACGUCAGACCCAGAACUGACAGUGGACAAAUCCCUGAUCUCGUCCCCUCCGACACGACCCAAAAACCCAGUGUUUGACAAUGAGGACAUGGGGAAGUUGUUGGCUGAACUUCUGAGGAGCAAAAACCCGGAAGAUCUUCAGGAGGCGAACAGACUGAUCAAAAACAUGGUGAAGGAGGAUGAGGUCCGAGUGCAGAAAAUGGCCAAACGCAACAAUACGCUGGAGGAAGUGGACAACAACGUCAAGCUCCUGAGCGAGAUGCUGGGUCACUACGACAGAGAGCGAUCGUCCGAUGCUGACCGUGAGCUCAUCAAGGAGCUGUAUGAGCGCUGUGAUAAACUACGACGCACCGCGUUCAAACUGGCCACUGAGGCAGAGGACAACGACUCCAGUCUGGGGGACAUUCUCAAGGCAAACGAUGAUCUGUCCAGAGUAAUCAGCUCUUAUAAACGAAUCGUAGAAGGACAGGCAGAUGCCGGCGAGGGUGAAGAUCUCAGACCGGCUGCUAGUGAAGGAUGUGAGACCACGGGCACAUUGAUUGAUCUGGCUGGACUGGAUGAACCUUCCCCUCCCCCGACCGUUGCUCCUCCCCCUCUUCCUCCUCAGGUCCCGUCAGCCAAUCCCACGGCCUCGCCCAUCCCCGUGCUGCCGCCUCCUCCUCGCCGAUUGGCCGGCGCUCAAGGCAGUCAGACGAGCAGCCCCAAUCACAAACCGCCUGAGCAGCAGACCUCCCUCUCCCUGCUGGACGAUGAACUCUUGUCUCUCGGGCUGAAUGAUCCUCCUUCUGUGCCAAACAGACAGAAGUUGGAUGACCCGUCUGGUCAGUGGACAUCCUCACAGGCUCCUGAUCUGGGCCUGGACCUGUUUGGGAGCAUCUCUGCUCCGACAACACACACUCCUGCGCAGACCUCACACACACCGGCUGUCAGUCAGGGGCUGCAGGAUCUCUCCAUGCUGGACUUUGGAGGUGGAAAGAGUAGUGGUUCUGGUCUGACUGGCAUUGCUGGAGGAACUUUUGGUAUUUCUGGAGGUGUAAUGUGCCCCACAGCCGCCCCUCUUCAGUCCAUUAGCCCGUUUGUGAGCGCGGCGGUGCCUGGUUCGCCCGCUGUGGCCCGGGCUCAGGCGGUGACGGGCGGCUCAGCUCCGGGCAGCCCUUUCUUUCAGCCCUUCUCAUCCCCGUCUCACUCGCUUCAGAGCAGCCCGGCGCGGAGCUCAGAGCCCAGCCUAUCCAACCUGAACGUCCCGCUCGAGUCCAUUAGACCCAGUAGAGUCUUACCUGUGACGCUGUAUGAUAAGGAUGGAGUCCGUGUUCUCAUGCACUUUGCGAUGGACUGUCCGCCGGGUCGACCGGACGUCCUGGUCAUGGUGGUGUCGUUGAUCAACACAGCGCCGUUACCCGUGCGAAACAUAGUGCUGCAAGCAGCUGUGCCCAAGUCAAUGCGAGUGAAGCUUCAGCCUCCAUCAGGUGCAGAGAUCGCACCCUUUAACCCCAUCCUGCCCCCCGCAUCCAUCACUCAGGUCAUGCUGCUCGCCAACCCACUCAAGGAGCGUGUGCGUUUGCGCUAUAAGCUGGCGUAUCUUCUGGGAGAGCGUCAGUAUUCGGAGGUUGGAGAACUGGAUCAGUUUCCUCCAGCGGACAGAUGGGGCUCGCUGUAGAUCUCAUCCUUUACCUGCUCGAACUCUUAUGUUCAUUCCCAAGGAUCGUCUUUCAUUUGUGCUGUUUAUUUAUUUACUAUCAGUGUUUUGCUGCAGCCUUGUGAAGCAGCAUUUGAUGCUUGAUGUUUUUCGCGAAAAUUCAAGCUGGAUAUUAAUACAAUAACACGACGUCAGUGACACGCAUGAGGGUCUGAAACGGACGCGUCUGUUUCAGAGAUUGGUCUUUUGUGUGCUGCCUAUACAGACGUUUACCAUGGUAAUCAUAGUUUCUGUUAAAAUACCAUAGUAAAACAAUAAUUAACUAGCACUUUCAACAAAUAGAGUAAAGUUAUGAUUAGAAAACGAAAUGGAAAAAAAUAAUUCUAUAAUUUAUGUGAAAUAAGUUAAUUACUACAAACUUCACUGAAUGAUUAUGUAUGAAUUUAAGCUAUUUAUUUUAAAAACAGUUACCAGUGAUAUUUUAGUAUAAUUGAGAUACUAUAAAUCAUACUUUAAAAUUUGUUUAAAUAUAUUUUAAAAUAUUUUUGUAUUUUGUGUUUUCAUGAACAGUUUUAGUAACUCGUUUUUGUUGUAAUUUUUAUUACUUUGUUUUUUCAUGUGUAUGUUUUUUUUAUUUGUAUUUCAUCUUUUUAGUUACUUUUAUACAUUAAGUUAAAGCGAAAAUGAGAAAUGUAUGAAACGUAGCAAAGUAAAAUGUUUUUAAUUUUAUUUAAAGUAAAAAAAUGUACAAGAAAAAAGUAAAAUGUUUUUAAGAUGUACAUUUUAUUCACUUUAACAACAAUUGUGGUAUUUUAUUUAGUUACUUUAUAUAUAUAUAGAGAGAGAGAGAGAGGGGCUAGAGAGAGAGACUUGUAUUCAAUUUAAAAUUUUUAGGUGUUAUGUUUAUUUCUGGGGAAAAAAUAAAUUGUAGUUGUAAACUGCUCUAAACAUGUCUGAAGUUUUGGCAACAGGGUUGCAAAAAUAUAUUUAGGUGAGCCGCUCUUUUCAUUGACUACUUGUUGAGAAAUCAAACAAAAUGGACCUUUUUCAAGCACUGUACUGUAGUAACUGUGGUAUUUUGAUGUAAACUGUGGUAAAUGGUGGAAAACUCAGUAUCCUAGCUGACCCUGAUGGUGUCACAUGACCUCGCCGCUGUCCGUGGAGAAUAUUAAACCCUGAUUUCAUUCUGUUCAGACAGUUCUAGGGCUCUUCUCAACAAGCAUUUGAACUUUGCUGUUUCUAGAGCUAGACGAUUUAUUUCAUGACGUCAUGAAGCAUCAGAAUGAAUGUACCUGCAGUCCAACGAGUUUACAGUCGAACCUUACGCUGUGAGGUUACACACGUAACGUCAGAGCAGCAUUAUAUUGUCUAUUUUGAGUUUUUAUCUGCCUGUGUUAUAGUUCAACACUGAUUUUGGUUUUAUUUAUUGCUGUUGCAGGAACGUUUGGACUCAGCAUUACAGUCUGUCUCAGAUAGUCCACAGCCUUUUUUGACAAUAUUAGAUUUGUUUAUUUGAUUGUGACAUAUUUACAUUUUUUUUUUACCUGCAGGUUAUGCAGUGAAGAUCUUGAUGGAGGAUGAAUUGCAUUUGGUUAUGAGUUCAUCAUAAGUCUGUCAGAUUGGAUGUGUGUUAGUUUUGUGGAGGCAUUGGCGGUCAAUCCUAUGAGCGUUUUGCAUGAUUAGAUUCUUUUAAGUGCUGAAGCAGAGCAAGUGAGCAUUUUAUUUCAUCAGAUAAAGGCCUCAUGUGAUUUUGGUCCCAAACAAAUCUUAACGUGUUUGAGAAGAGGACAGCUGCUUCUCUGAUUUGUGCAAACCUUAUAAUUCACUACAAUCAUGCAUUAAGGCUUUGACAACAGUGAUCGAGUGAAUCUCACACAAAAAUUAUGAAUAUUUCACCCAAAGAAGUAAAAUUAAUAUUAUGCUUACUUUUAUUGGCGUAUUGACAUUUAUUUGCAUGACAAUUAAACACUCAUUUUAAUUACUAAAAUAUGUGUGUAUACAUGGGUAAUAUGUAAUAAAAAUACGUUUUUUUUUUUUUUAAACAACUUUUUAUUUGAACUAUCUCUGGGGUGAAACCUCUUGGUCCUAAGCUAUAGUCUUAAGUAAAAAUAUCUCCCCUUUUUUUCUUUUUUUUGGGGGGGGGGGGGGUGAAUUCAUGGUUAUUUUUAUGAGAUUCAUCUUAUUGAUUCCUGUGAAUCUGGACAUCAUACAGCAUCUUUGCUAAUUCUGUCUGACGUGUUUCAGGAAGAUGAAGGUUUCAGGGCUUUAUUGUGCAUCUGCAAGUGUUUAAGGAAGCUCGUCUGUGUUUUAUUAUGAAUUAUUGUGUGUCUUUUUAAAAGCCAAAAUUUCAUCUUGUCUGAUGUUGAUGACGAUGAUGAUUUAGGAGUCAUUCUAUAUUUAGGGGUACAUUUCAUGUCAGCCAAAAACUUAAGAAAUCAGUAUUCUUUUUUUAUAUAUAUAAAUAAAUUAGGUGGCUGAAUAAUAUAUCCUCUUAAUGUGCUAAAUCAAUUGUUUGGCAAGCUAAGCUUAAGCUCUUAAGAGAUUUUGGAGGUUAUCCAUCUAACUGAUUUGAAAAUAUGAAUUUUGGGCUUCAUAAUGGACAUACUGUGGGAUGCUAUCAUGAAGGAUGAUACUUUUCUUUAACAUAAAUGCACAGUAUGCUGAAUUUAGUGUUAUUCACCAUCCAAUUAAGUUUUUCUAAUACAUCAUGACAUUUCAAUCUUUAAGAACUUAUACAAUAACUUCAUAACACUUUAUCAUUCAUGACCAAGAAGAAAUAGAUAAAUGGCAAAUCUAUAAUAUUACGUAGGUUUAAGUCCAUCAUGAGGAAUUAUGAAUGCUUUAUAACCCUUGCAAAUGUAAAUACAACGUGUAUAAUAUUAUGGAUACUGGUUUUAAGGAAAGUGUGUUAGUGAUUAGAUCAGUUAUGUUUGUCCAUUGCAAUGCAAACCAUGCUUUUAGGCAAUUCCUCUGUAAUUUCUGUGUAAUGACAAUAGUUUGUGAAUAUUUAUGCAAAAUAUUUUUUUAAUACCUUUCUCAUAAUUUAAUGAUUAUUUUGGACAAAUAUUUAGAAUAAAUAUAUACAGAAAUCUGUAUUUUUAGAGCUUAUCUGAAGAGCAAAACCUUACAUUUAGCAAAUUAAACUGCACAAAAACAGCUCAUUUCAGUAUAGAAUAUACAAAUUUUGCAAGAUAAAAAAUGGAUUUAUGUUGGAUUUUUGUAUUAAAAGAAUUAGAAAUGUCCCCUGAUAUAAAAGUGAUCAUUGCUUGAAGUGAAAAGUUAAUGAAACAUUUGUAAAAUUGAUAAUAGAGUCCAUGGAAAUGACAUGUACCCCUAAUUAUAGAAUGACUCCUAGGAUGACUCAUGAAAGUAUGUGGGACAAAUGAAAACGUAUUAAAAGUUAUUAUGGAUGAUGAUGACGAUGCACUGUUCUGUAUUUAAUAAUGAUUCCAUUGUGUUCUGCGCCAUUAAAUACUUUAUCCAA